AUGGAAGGCGUCGACCUUCAGUCUGUCAUCAACAAAGGCAAGCAGAUGGCCUCCAACGUGGCAGCCUCCGCCACCAACGGCACUACCAAUAAGAAGAGGAGAAAGGGAACCGACUUGAAGCCCAUCGUCACCAGCGAUUCCGCGACCCCUGCCGACCAAACAGCCCCGGCAAGCGAUAGUGUCCCGCCGUCACGAUCUGGCUCCUCGUCCUCCGAAGAAGAAAUCGAAACAACCGCCGAAGAAGAAGAUUCAGAAGACUAUUGCAAAGGCGGCUACCACCCCGUCCAGAUCGGCGAACUCUACAAUAAUGGGCGUUAUGUCGUCGUGCGCAAGCUGGGUUGGGGUCACUUUUCGACCGUUUGGUUAUCUCGCGACACCACGACGGGGAAACACGUCGCGCUCAAGGUUGUCCGAUCGGCCGCCCACUACACCGAAACCGCCAUCGACGAGAUCAAAUUGUUAAAUCGCAUCGUGCAGGCCAAACCCUCCCACCCGGGCCGGAAACAUGUCGUCAGUCUCCUGGAUUCCUUCGAACACAAGGGGCCCCACGGGGUCCACGUUUGCAUGGUAUUCGAAGUGUUGGGGGAGAACCUUCUCGGCCUGAUCAAGAAAUGGAACCACCGGGGUAUCCCUAUGGCAUUGGUGAAGCAGAUUACCAAGCAGGUACUGCUAGGUCUGGAUUAUCUACACCGGGAAUGCGGAAUCAUUCACACCGAUCUGAAGCCGGAGAACGUCCUGAUUGAAAUCGGCGACGUCGAGCAAAUCGUCAAAACAUACGUGAAGGAGGAGGCGAAGAAGGAACAAAAAGAGGACAAUCGCAACGGUCGGCGGAGGCGCAGGACGUUGAUCACCGGGAGUCAGCCGUUGCCCAGCCCUCUCAACACAACCUUCGAAUUCAAGCACCACUCCCAAAAUUCCCACAGCAGUCUCAGCCAAGUUGUCAAUGAGUCGACAGGCACAUCGGAAGCCCCGUCGAUGAGGCAGUUACUCGGCAUCAAGGAUGAAGAUGAGCAGCAGAAGCAACGAGAAAAGACUGCUGACCUAUUGGAACGGGAGGUUUCUGGAAUCUCGCUCGACAAGCCAUCCUCAAGCGACGACGACAUCGACUGCGGCAUCAUUUCCGUCAAGAUUGCUGAUCUGGGUAACGCAUGCUGGGUCGGCCACCACUUUACCAAUGACAUCCAAACUCGCCAAUACCGUUCACCCGAGGUCAUUUUAGGAUCCAAAUGGGGCGCUAGCACCGAUAUCUGGAGCAUGGCUUGCAUGGUCUUUGAGCUAAUCACCGGCGACUACUUGUUCGAUCCCCAAUCAGGAACUCGCUACGGCAAAGACGACGACCACAUUGCGCAAGUCAUCGAGUUGCUCGGCCCAUUCCCAAAGUCCCUAUGUCUUUCAGGCCGGUGGUCCCAAGAGAUUUUCAAUCGCAAAGGCGAACUGCGCAACAUCCACCGACUCCGUCACUGGUCGUUACCCGAUGUUCUCCGAGAGAAAUACCACUUCUCAGUGGCCCAAGCCAAGGCCAUCAGCGACUUCCUCCUGCCGAUGCUAGAAGUACUACCGGAGCGACGAGCCAACGCCGGCGGAAUGGCAUCUCAUGAAUGGAUGAAGGAUACCCGAGGAAUGCAAGAGGUGGAUUUGGGUCUUACGCCCGGCAGUCGAGGUGAAGGGAUCGAGGGUUGGGCGAUGGAGGUGAAGCGAAGAUAA